ACGUCAUUUUCGCAAUCUUGAAUCGGUACAACCUAAAGAUAAACCUGACAAACGGUGGAUAUGAUCCCCAACGUUAAUCACUAUGUCGCUUAAUUGUUGAUUCUAGAUCUACAAGAGAGACCGAUACUAACUUUCUAGCGGUGGUGAUUCUACAAAGGCAGCAUGCAGCCGGUUGAAGCACAAAAAGGUGUUUCUACCAAAAGCCAGCUGUUGGAUUCUCUGAAGGUUUAUCUGAACAACAAGAGCAGAUUACAACCCAUCAUCGGCCUGGGCAGCAUUAUAGAAUGUGUGAAGGCCGGUACACGCAACAAAGAAAUAUUUUUCCUGUGUGAGGUAUGUGUGUGUCAACUUAAUAAAGCUGACAUGCGAAACCACAUCAUGGGAAGUCUCCACAGAUACAACUACAUUAAAGCCUGGCACCCCCACUUAGUGUCUGAAUGGAAGGAAAAGUCUGACCUGUCUAAGCUGGCCUGGCCACUCAUGGAGAUGGCUAAGACACUUGAGGGGAAGGAAGGGCCCGGAGACGUCCAGGUAUGUUGUUUAACUGUGUACGUUGUGGAUGCAAACAGAUGCAUGUUUGGAUAUGAGCCCUCACAUCUUUGUGUGUACAUUCAUAUAAAGUGGUUAGAGCUCGAAGAUGCUGUAUACCAGAGGAUAGCAACAAACAGCGAGAAUGACGCAGUAACUCUGAUAACUAUCUUGAGAGACCAGCAGGGUGAAACUGCAAGCCUUUCAGAGAGCACAUCUACGCAGCCGGAGCAAGAUUCCCCCCAAUCUCAGAGGAUUGUAUUACUUUCCAAAAACCGACAAGGACAGAUCUCCGAAGUGCCAGAGACAAAUGUAACAAUAGAUGUAAUCAAGUCCACACGGCGAUUAGAGAACACUUCACCUGAACCCUCCCUGCCAUCAGAGAACCGCAGCAGCUCUCUGGAUGGCUACAUGGGAACCGAGCCUCUUAUUGGUCUUCUCCGCGUUGUUGAAUGCAGAGGUGAAGAUGGCCGCACAUACUGUUUCUUAUGUCACUGCUGCCGCGUCAGAGCCAACGAGAAUGACAUCAUUGAUCACCUAACCAGAACUUCCCAUCUCAUCAACUACUUGAUGGAAACUCAUCCUGAGCAGGUUGAGGUAAUUCUGGCAGAUAUUAAUGACGACUAUCAGCUUCUCGUAUCACUGGCCAUGGAGGUGGAGAAAGAAGAGGGCAGAGGGGAGAUGAAGGUGAUCAAGACACCAGAAUCACUCGGUAUUCAACUGACUGGCAAAAGUUACCACUGGUGUGUAAAGAUGAUGAGUAAUGGGGGGAAACAUCCAGACAUCCAAAAGCCAAAAAGAACCAAUAAAGAUCAAGGCAUGCCAGAGAAAUGUGCCGUGGUGCCGUCGCAAUGGCCAAAGAGUAGGAGCGCAAAGCGGAAAAUGAGGGGAGUGACAAAUCCUGUGUUUAAGGUAAGCCUGCCUCUAACCAAAGGUUCUCUGCUGCUGAAGAGGAGUCCGUUCAUCAUGGACAGCCUUCCUGUGUCCUCUGCAUUCCCCCAUUCACCGGACUCAGAUCUUCCAGAGUCGCCAGAGUUCCACUCAGAGGAUCGUGAGGUGGACUAUGACACUGAAUCAUUUGCAAUAAAUCCAGCUGAACAAUCCGUUCAACAUCAGCAAGAUCGCCACAGUGGAGAAGGACAGGCUGGUCCAUUCAUGGAACCAGAAAGAAACGUCACAGUGACUCCGUAUCAACAGAUGGAUGGACAUUAUAAUGGCAAUGAAUACUUUAACCCUUCAAAAGACAUAACCAGAACAACAUAUCAAAAGGUUUAUGGGGGAAAUAAUUACAACACACAGCAAGGUUCUCACGUAAAAUCAAAGAAGAGGGUUUACGAAGAGUGGCCAAAUGAAGGCCAACAGACUCAGAAUGAUUGGUCGACGCCUGCUGUGUCCCACACUCAGGACUGGCCAUCCCAUAACUCGGCCUACAGAUAUGAGGCGGGUUCCACCGAGCAGUGGUACAAUCCAACUCCACAAAGUGCAGUUGGCCCAAGAAUUGAGAGAUGCCAAGAGGUUAGCUUUGAUGCUACUCAACAUUAUUACCAGCAACAACCGCCAACUCAGUACAUGGCACAAAAUCAUCAAAGUCUUCAGAUAGGCAGUGCGGGACAGCACUGUUGGUCUGGUGAUACGGCUGCUCAUACAGAUGCUGCUAGGGUCCAAAUGCAUCUUCACUUAGGAGAUACCCAUGCACAAUAUGGCAGUAAUGCACCAGUGCCUGGAGCACAGUUUGAACCGAGACAAGUGCAAACAUACAUGGAGUUUUCCGUUGGUCAUGUCCAGUCAGCUUCACAAAAUGAUGCGACACAACCUACGGCCCAUCAAGGCAUCCAAGCAGGCUAUGGGAUGCAGUCUUUCCCCAACUACAAUGCUGGACCUUGGACAAACCCUUACCAACACUUACCUCAUGAAAACAGCGGUGGAGAUGGUGUUGGAUGGGGGGGGUCUCAGUCAAAUGCUUACAUGCCACCUCAGCAAGCUCAGUGGUAUUAUGGAGCCCAGUCUGCGGUUAAUUACCGAGCAGCUGGUUUGAUUUGACGAUUUCAGGAAGUACAGAUAAAACAACUUCAUGUAUGUUAGCAUUUCCAAUUUUUAACUAUGCAAAUUUGGCAAACCCCCACUGACACCAAGUUUCUAUUGAAGGAGACAUUUUUCUAGCACCAUUUAAUGAAAACGCACUCGGAUGCGCCGGCUUAGUUUCUAUUGGUGCUGUGGCAUUUUUCUUUCUUCUUACAUUUUUUUCCCUAGUCUCUGUCAGAAAUGGGAAUCUCCUAAUGGAGGGAUGUUAUGCCUUUUCAUUUUGAAUAUUAUUUAAAAUGACCACAUUUUUUUUUCUUUACAUUAAACAGAAUUUCUUCUAUUCUUUAAUCAAAAUCUAAAACAAAUCUAAUUGUGGACCAUUGCGCUGAAAUGUGCCUAGAUAGUGACAUAUUUCCUUUGACAGUGUAGGUGUUAUAAGUAAAAGUGUAUUUGUUGUAUCAUCUGGUUACAGAAAAGUUUUUCUGUGAUUUAUAAAUUGUAUUGGUUCAGAGCAACUGCUGAUAAGUUAUAAAGUUUCAAAUCAGACUAAAGCUCAAUUUAAUAAAAACAUUUGUUUUAAAAGAUCAACGAACUGAAAAAAGGUAAGGUUGAGAGCUAGCUAGUUCCCCUUAAUAAAAAAAACAACAACACUGAAAUGCUUAUGCAAUGUACAAAAAACAAAUUAUCCUUAUGGUCCAGGAGCUGGCUAAAAGUUAGCAUUGUUGUUGUGUUUUCAUAUUUUUUCCAACUCUUAGCUGAAAAAGUUUAUUUAAAAUGACAAUUCUUUUUCUUUACAUUUAAAACAGAAUUUCUUCUAUUCUUUAAUCUAAAACCAAAUCUGAUUGUGGACCAUUGCGCUGAAAUGUGCCUAGAUAGUGACAUAUUAUUUCCUUUGACACUGUAGGUGUUAUAAGUAAAAGUGUAUUUGUUGUAUCAUCUGGUUAUAGAAAAGUUUUUCGGUGAUUUAUAAAUUGUAUUGGUUCAAAGCAACCGCUGAUAAGUUAUAAAGUUUCAAAUCAGACUAAAGCUCAGUUUUUUUUUUUUAAAAGGGACCAAUUUUACUUUGUAUGUUAUGUUCAAUAUGUGCCUAGAUAACUCUAAAUAAGUAUUACAUUUACAAUUAAAGUAAAGACCUACUUAAGGUUUGUGCCAACAUUUAUUUACUCUGUUUUUGAAAGACCUCUUUUUGCCUGUUUUGUGAACCACUAAAGAUAGUAUGUCGACAAUGGUGUUCUCGGUUGGAACCAGUGUAACAAUUAUGUUCUGUUCAAAAUAAAUGCUUACUAAAACCUUU